CCUCUCGCCGUCAUACCUCGUUCACUCCUUGGCACCUUUCUUACUUCAUCUUCCCACCGCGGCUUCAAGCUCCCUAGGUAGUUACCUAGCAGUCAGCCAAAUACACGUCCGAAAUCCUUCUGCCUUUCUGAUUACUGUUGCGUGUUUCUUGACGUCCAUUCUCAUCGUCGUCCUCGUCCUCGUCCUCGUCUGCCCGGUCGUUGAGCUUGUCCCGAUGUGUGUUUGCGCGGUGCGGUCAGGAGUCUACCAACGCCUAUUUUCUGCAUCGCGCAGGUCUUUCUCGCCUUGAUUGUUCGCUAUUCAUCUCUCUUCUACGAGCCCGACAGAAGCUGUGCGACUCGAUGGCCCAGCCGCUGUCGUCCUCGUGCCCAUCAAUGUCGGAGAUCGCCAAAGCCCCGGCAAUCCAACUGCCCGACGGCACUGUCCAACAGAGCGCCCACCUCCCCCCUGCUCCACCCGCGACCUAUCGCAGCGGCCAUGUGAAUCUAGAUACUUUCUCGCCCGUCAACGAAAAUGGGAGCUUCGAGUUUGACCGCGUGCUGAAGACGGGUCGAGUGAACCGCCGGGUCAAGCACAAGCAUGCAUUUAGAGCCUCUUGGAAACCCGCCUACCUCGUUCUCCGCCCGAACCUCCUGUCCGUAUACAAAGACGAAGAAGCGACUCGGCUCCGGGCCUCCAUCACCCUAUCCGAGGUGACGGCGGUCGCGCCCGUCCGAUCUGCCCGAUCCAGCCGGCAGCACGUCUUCGGCAUCUUCUCCCCUUCGAAGAACUAUCGCUUCCAGACCUCGUCCGAUAAAGAGACCGACGUUUGGAUCCAGCGCAUCCGCGCCGAAACUCGCGCGGACGAAGAUGACGAGGCUUUCCUGGCCUUGUCGCAGCAAGGAAAUGCCGUGGCGGUCCCUCGGCAGCGCGUUGACGACACCACCGAUCAUUCGGACCUUGAGAUGAUGGGCCGAGCAAGCUCCCCCGAACUGGGACGGGCGCUUUCUUCGAGCUACCGAUCUAAGCGCCUUGACAACCACCUCGACCAGCCCGGAAACGACAUCACCUCGUACUCCGAGUGGUCGGACGGACCGACGAGCAAUUCGAGUAUCAACCCGAGACCGCGAACCCCGGUUCAGGUCCAGACUCUGUCUGCCUCUGCUCCUGCCGGCCAGUCGCCCAUGUCGAAUGACCUGGGCCGACACAGCGAAGCGGGGAUUCUGCGCGACCCCGAGAGGGUAAUCUGCAAUGGCUACCUGCAGUGCCUGAGAAUCAAAGGCGCGGUGCGCCAAUGGAAACGGCUGUGGGUUGUUCUCCGUCCGAAAAGUCUUGGCUUCUAUAAGGACGAGCAGGAAUAUUCGGCUGUGAAGAUCCUGCCAAUGUCGCAGGUGAUUGACGCCGCCGAGGUCGAUCCCAUGUCCCGCUCCAAACACUACUGCCUCCAGGUCAUCGCGGAAGAGAAGUCCUUCCGUCUCUGCACUCCGGACGAAGAAUCCCUCGCAAAGUGGCUCGGGUGUCUCAAGAGCAUCCUUGUGGCCCGCAAGAAGCGAGAGCCCCUGCCAGCUACCGGUCCCAUCGCUGUCGCCGCGUAAGAAGCGCCUUGUACAACCAACCAUCACAUCUCAAGAGUCCACCAAUAAACCUUCUUGCCCAUUCUCUUGACCUCUCUUUUAUACUUCCCACUAUACAUACUUCUCAAGAUCCUUUUCCUUCAUGGCAUCUUGACCGUCUAUCAUUCCAUCGCUCUCUUAGCUACUAUUCCUUUCUCAUU